GCUCGUGUAAAGUGUGAAUACAUGAUGGUUUACAGAAAUUGCGCGUACUGUGCGUGUGACAGAUUCCACAUUCAAUGUCCGGGCCGCGCCAAAGUUUGCAAGACUUCAUGCAUUGCUAUAUUCUUAUAUACACCCUUGCUCGUUCAUUAUCAUUUAACAUCUACUUCAACUUUAGUAUUGCUACUUAAAAUUCAGAUUUUCAGAUUGAUCAAUAACAAAAAAUGGCUUUUGAGGAAUUUCUUGUAGCUUGUGCUGUGGAGAUGUUGAAGAGCUUGCUCUUAUUUGUUAUGAAAGAGGUUCGAAUGGCAUCGGAUAUGGAGAAAGAGCUAAAAAAGCUUCAACGAACUGUGAUGAUUAUUCAAGAAGUGCUAGAAGAAGCUGAGAAACAACAAAUAGGAAAAGAUCUGCUCAAAAUUUGGUUGAAAGAGCUGAAAGAUAUUGCAUAUGAAGCCGACGACAUUCUAGACGAGUUCUCCUAUCAAAUUAUGCGUUCUCAUGAAAUGAGCUUUCGUAAGAGGGAUCAGCUGCGUAUGAUCUUUUCAAUAUCAAACCUGCGUUUUCAUCCACACAUGGCUGAUGCACUCAAAAACGUCAAUGGUAAAAUGGAUGAUAUUGCUACACAUAAGGUUCUGUUAGAUUUGCGAAACGGUCAUUCCUUGCGCUUAAGCUCAUUUAACGAGCAACAUAGAGAUUAUCAUGAAACAACAUCUUUCAUAGAUGAAAAACAAGUUAUUGGAAGACAAAAGGAUAAAGAGAUUAUAAUAGAUUCGUUCUUGAUGGGGGGUAGUUCCUCUUCUUCGUCGUCGACAGUUUCAGUCGUUCCAAUUGUAGGAAUGGCGGGACUAGGAAAGACCACCUUGGCGAAACUAAUCUUCAAUGCCGAAGUGGUAUCUGAUAUAUUUGAAGAGAAAAUAUGGGUCCACGUCUCCUUUGAUUUUAAUGUGAAGAAAAUUCUGAGACAUAUUAUUGCAUCUGUAACAGAAAGUUCUUACGACAGAGAUACAAAUAUGGAUGUUCUUGAACGCAUAAUGAAGGAAAAAUUGGGAGGUAAAAGAUACUUGCUUGUCCUUGACGAUUUAUGGAAUGUGAAAGUUGAUCAAUGGAAUAAACUGAAAAAUCAGUUAAAUGUUGGGGAACAUGGAAGCAAAAUAAUUGUUACUACACGUAGCAGUGAAGUUGCUGAUGUUGUUCAAGGCAGAGCAAACUCUACAUAUACUUUACAGGUAUUAUCCGAAAAUGAGUGUUGGUCAAUCAUCAGGCAAAGAGCAUUUGCUCCUGGAGGGCUAGAAGAGACAGAAAAUCUGGUGGCUAUUUGCAAGGAUAUGGGGAGGAGGUGUGGAGGUGUGCCACUGGCAGCAAAAGACCUAGGAGAUCUAUUACACUCUACGAGGAAUGAGGCUGGAUGGUCAAAUCUUAGAGAUGGUACAAAUUGGAGGUUACUGGAAAAAAAUGAAAUGUUACCUGCAUUGAGGUUUAGCUACAUCCAUUUACCGUCUCCUGUGAAACAAUGCUUCGCAUAUUGUUCAUUGUUUCCAAAAGGCUCCAUUAUUGAGAAGCAAACUUUAAUUCAGUUGUGGAUGGCGGAAGGAUUUGUUCAUCCGUCUGACAGAAAUCGGGGCAAAGAGCUUGAGGAUAUUGGAAAUGAUUAUUUCAAUAGUCUGUUAAAGAAUUCAUUGUUACGAGGUGAAGGAAGGCCCGAUCAUAAUGGAGCUGCUCAAUCUUGCAAACUGCAUCAUCUUGUGCAUGAUUUUGCACAAGAUAUUGUUGGAAGUAAUGAAUGCUCGAUUUUGAAGGUUAGUCAAAUUGCUGCUAAAGAUACAUCAGAACUUCGUCGUCUGAGGUUGAUCUUGGAGGAAGGUACGUUAGAAUAUGCAGAACAAUUGCAAACUGCAUUGAAACUACGCACUUUAUUCAUUCAUAAUAAUGGAGGGGAUAAAAGCAUUAACUAUCAAAAGCUCCUGAGGAAUAAGCAGUUUCGUGUGCUAGAUAUGCAGGGUACUAGUAUUAAAGGAUUACCACCUUCAAUCGGAAACAUGAAACAUCUCAGGUAUCUCGAUCUAUCCAGAACCGAAAUUGAAGAAUUACCUGAGUUUAUUACUGGACUCUACAAUUUGCAUACUUUGCUUCUUAGCUAUUGUGUCAAACUAAGAAAGUUUCCCGAAACAAUGGGAACAUUGAAGCGUAUGAGGUACCUCGAUAUUUCUGGUUCACAAUUUGAAGAAUUGCCGGACUGCAUUACUCACCUUUCCAACUUGCAGACUUUGAAGCUUGAAGAUUGUCGUAAUAUUCAGAAGCUUCCAGGAAACAUAAAAAACAUGAUCAACUUAAGACAUCUCUUCUUAAGCAAGACAGAAAGCUGGAAUGCAAAGCCAAACGAGAUUGGAUCUCUAACUCGUCUUCAAACACUCACGCAAUUCAAGGUGGGCAAGUGCAACACAAGUGGCUUUAGUACCAUCAGGGAGUUGGAAUGCUUAAAUCUCCUCGAAGGUGAACUGUGGAUCAGUAAUCUUGAAGAAGUGACAAGAUCAGAUGAUGCCGAGAAAGCAAAUUUGAAGAGGAAACAGAACAUUCAAAGCUUAAUAAUGGAAUGGAGCUUUAGAACACAUGAUGCUAGUGAUGGUACAGUGAUGAAACAAUUGCAGCCAAACGGUAGCUUGAAAAAGUUGAAAAUUGUUAACUAUCUGGAUCCGAAGUUUCCAACAUGGAUGAUGGGUAGUAGUAUCUCUUCAGCUCUUCCAAAUCUGGUAGAGAUAGAACUCAGAGGUUGCUAUGUCUGUCAACAACUUCCAGGGCUUGGGCAACUUCCAUCACUCAGGGUUCUCACGAUUGCCACAAUGGAUGUUGUGCUGUGCCUAGGUGAUGAUUUUUAUGGUGACCAUAAAGCAUGCAAACCGUUUCAGGAGUUGGUCGAGUUCACCUUAACUGACUUGCCUUGCCUGGAGAAAUGGUGCAUAGCACAGCCACCGUUUCCUUUUUAUCCGCGACUAGAGAAGCUGUCCGUUGAGCGUUGCCGAAUGUUGGAGCACAGGCAAGAUUUGAACUUCACUAAAUGUUUCUUUCCAAAGAUUAAAGAAUACAAACUGGAUGGGGUUACAUUAUUAAGCAGGACUACACGGAAAAUCGUAAGUAUGGUGCCCUCGCGACAGAUCUAAACAAAUGGACAGAGGACAUUAAUGGCAAGGAAUCACACUGCAAAAACACUAAGAAUAUCUCUUUGAGCCGGUCUUUUUAUCUUUUGCAAGUCUCUAUGCCAGGUUUAUCAUCGCUGCUGUUAUUAUUGGAUACCUUACUGAAUAAAUCGGUAAGACCCUUAGAUAGUUAUGUAUACAUAUGAUGCUUGCAAUCAAGAACCUAUAUAACCUGUAUUAUGGAAUAAACUUUCUAAGUAAAAUUGCCGGGGAAUGAUCUCCUUGUUUUAGUCUAAAAUUCUCUUUUAUGUUUUCCUUUUUGUAGGAGUAAAGAUUUGUCGAAAAUUUAAGAGCUAUAUAAUGAAUUUUGUGUGAUUAUUG